AAACUCCUCGUGUUUUUCUGUCUCCUCCUUCAAUAUACGACCCUAAUCGCACUUCCUCAUAUCCUACCCCUCUCCUCCUACCAUCCGUCAACAUGUCUACAAACUGCAAACGUCGCCUGAUGCGCGACUUCAAGCGUCUCUCGACGGAUCCUCCUGGUGGCAUCUCGGGCAGCCCAAGUCCAAACAACAUUAUGGUCUGGAACGCCCUCAUCAUCGGUCCAGCCGACACGCCCUUCGAAGACGGCACCUUCAAGCUCCUGCUCACCUUCGACGACUCAUACCCAAACAAGCCGCCCACCGUGAAAUUCCUCUCGCGCAUGUUCCACCCAAACGUGUACGCCAACGGCGAGCUCUGCCUCGACAUCCUCCAGAACCGCUGGUCGCCCACAUACGACGUCGCCGCCAUCCUCACCUCCAUCCAGUCCCUCCUCCACGACCCGAACCCGAACAGCCCCGCGAACGCCGAGGCCGCGCAGCUGUACCGCGAGAACAUGAAGGAGUACGUGCGCCGCGUGAAGGCGACCGUCGAGGACUCGUGGCUCGAUCCGGAGGAGAUGGACGCGGUCAUGGCGGAGGACGGCGACGGCGACGGCGGAGGCGCGGCGUAGUGGGGGUUCCGCGCCGUGGAUCGCGGGUCGGGGAUUCGCUCAUAGCGGACUCUCUUCGCGGUGGGCUUUGUCUCCCGGGGUGGCUUGUGGUAUAGCUGUGUUCAGACAUUUACGCUUCCUCAUCUUUUCUUUUCUUGACCAUCAUCGUUUCAAUCUUAUACAUACCUAAUACAUCGCACCGUAUUCAUGUCAUGAUCCUCAUUUCUUCUGGUCCCUGACCGCAUGGCUUAUUCGUGGCAGCCAUAUGAUUCUGAAGCCACAAAU